AUGAUUAGUAUAAAGUAUUUUAGUAUAUACAUAUACUAUUAUACUCUUUGAUUAGUAUAUAGGAGCGAACUUUCAACUUUGGCAUCUGGAUCGAUACGAAUAUACAAUAUCAAUGGAUUUUAUACAUUAGUAUUGGUUAUUACUUAUUUUUAAUGAGGUCUACUAUAUAACAAAUAAAGCUGGUAAUAAUGGACAUACCAUUUCCUGAAACGACACCGCGUUUCAUAGACUCGAAAUGGUUUAGUGCAGACACCCCUUGCGACGAAGACACAGAGUUGACGGCUUUGGAGCAAUCAAACCAGAACUGGUUUAAAUUUAUUUCGUUGCAGUUAAGUAAUGUUGGGCAGCAAUACAAGGCUCGGGCACCACUGGGUAAGGCCGACCCGGAGCCCAUGGAGGAGUGUGAAUCGGAGGAGGAAGAGGAUUCAGUGCAAAUAGUGGAAGACUCUGACGAAGUAGAGGAGGAACCAGAACCUCCAAACAUGAACCACGAUGUGGACUUGUUGCAAAUAUACGAGGAUUCUAGCCACGACGACGACGCUGGCAACCUCUACAACGAACAAGACACGCACAAAAUCGGAGACGACUCUGAUGACGAUUUAGAAUCUGACAACUUACCGCCGUCAACAGAAAACUGGGGUGAUGACGACCACAAUGUUUGUUGUGGUGCUAUCGCUGGCAACGACGAGUCUGACGAAUCAGAAGAAUCUCACGACGAGGACGAGGAGGAGGAUCUGCAGCAGAGCUACCCGCAGUCGCGCACCCUGAACCUUACUGACUCCUCGGAACCCAACACGUCAGACCAGAGCACUCUGUGGCCGUAGCCGGAGAUUGACUCAUCCGGAUUUCUAUAAAAGACUUAAUCGAUUUGGUAUGAUACAAUUUGUGUGGGUAUUUUUUAAGAAAUUGUCAGGUAAAUCACAUUUAAGAGUGUUAAGUUUAAGGUGCGAUUGCGGCAAAUCCGUUUCCGAACGGAUUUUUUUAGUUGACGGUAUGACUGCCUUACAGGCCAUGUAUAUUGUCCAAGUUUACGGAAAGCGUGUGUGUUAGCACUUAGCAUAUAUAAACGUUCUGAGCGAAUUAGCAUGACGCUUACGCAGCGUCUUACGUAAGCGAACAACUCGCGAACGCGAAGCGGCGCGGCGCGGCAGGCCCACGCGUUCGCGUUCUCAACGAGAUCGCCCACGUAGGACACUUCUAUAGGUAUCAAUCAAAGGAUUGAUUCACCCCGCGCCGCACCGCUUCGCUUCGCUUUCGCAUGUUGUACGCCUACGUAGUACGCUGAGUUUCGCUGGCAGCAUCGAGUCACAUAUGUCCAUUUGCUUUUUACAUUAGCGGUAGCGUAGCGAUGUAGCAGCGUCUAGCGAAUUCGCUCGGAGCGGAGGUUUUCUGUAGGUUUCAGAUCAGCGUAAUGCACUUACCAUUGUUGUCACUCGUGUUCGAUUAGGAACUGCACGCUGAAGAGAAACGAUGACUAAUAUGUAGAUAUAAUUUAAUUCCACGAAGGUACUACAUGUGUAGUAUCAUUCAUUUAAAAUGCAGGACUACGUUUUGGGACACACCGGAAUCUUAUUAAAUAAUUUCGUUUAAAGAUUGUACAUUGUUCAAAUCCAUCCUUUUCUGAAUUAAUGUAGGCAUCACCCGUUUUUAUAAAAAAAUGUGAAUUAGGAAUUUUGUAAAUAAACCGAAGAUGAUAAAAGUUUCGAAGAAUAGCUGGACGUGUUGUGUGACACUGAUUUUGAUGGAACAUUUUGUUGUUCUGAAUGUUUCCCUUUUCCAUCCACUUGGAUACCAAAAUAUCUAGAUACAUGGGUAGAAGUGUUAGCGGCUUUAGCACAUGUGCCCAGCGACAAUUAAAUGUCCCCCGCGUGACUGGUCGGUUUUAAAUGAUAUGACGAUAUGUACCUAUGGCUACAAUGACUAGUUUUUAUCGCGAUGGAUGUGUGUCGCGGUGUGAUCUGUGCUAGGGUCGCAGAGUAAAAUAGAAUCGCUUUCUAAACAUUGUAUGAGAUAACGAAAUCCUUAUACUUACUGUAUAAUAUACUUGUAUGUAACUGAAAAUAUAAUCAAAAUAGAAUAACUGUGACAUUGUUUAUAAUAAUUAUAGUAGAUAUAUUUUAUGGUUUGUCUACCCUAGUGUGGCUAAGGGUAGGAUUAUAUCUUUUAUGAUUUGUCUACCUUAGUGUGGGUAAGGGUAGGAUUUUAUUUUUUGUAUUGUAAGGUUCUCAAUUCAGGGGACAAAUUGUUGAAUCAUUUUGUAGUUGAUAGAUCUAAACCUAUCUAACUUUCCCCCCUUCCCCUAUUCCCCCUUGGAAAGAUCAUAUAAUUUCUGUUUAUAUUUUUUUUUUAAUAAAAUUGACAAGUA